ACCUGUGACACGGAGGAGCACUCCGUACAGUCCCCGAGGUCGUACAUAACUCCGAGAAAGCUCAGCUCGCCUGCCAGCACCGCGAUGACGCCAUCACUGUGCGACUCUAUGCUGCCCGAUGACGUCACGUUCUCGCAGGAUUCGCCCAUCGCGGAGGCGAGACCGUGCCGCUGGAUAGACCUGGAGCGCGCUCCCAACUGCCCUGGUGACAGGCACGGAAGUCACGUGACUGGUGGGGAACUGGGCUGCGCUGCACCGGACGCAAACGACACCACGUCCCCAGUGUACGGGGCACCGGCGCCCUGAUCCGCGGUCCUAGAGUGAGUGCAGGAGGCCGGGAUGGCGCAGUGCCUGCUCUCCGUACAUGAGUUCCUCCAGGACUCGUUCAUCCCGCAGGUGGCGGCCCUGUGCAGCGAUGAGGCCGAGAAGCUGGCCCGGAAAAACCAGUUGUCCUUCUGCGAGCUCGUCCGGCCCUUCUGCCGACUCAGCACUGAGGUUCACAUGCGGGAUCCCAACAAUCAGCUCCAUGUGAUAAAAAACCUGAAGAUCGCAGUCAGCAGCAUUGUCACUCAGCCGCCAUUGCAAGCAGCAAUUCGGAAACUUCUCAAUGACGUCGUUGCCUCCAAUCAACCUGCUGAAGGUUUAGCCCCAAAUGUGAUUACUGCCGGAGAUUACGACCUUAAUAUCAGUGCAACUACGCCGUGGUUUGAGUCCUACCGGGAGAGCUUUUUUCAGAGCAUGCCGGCCUCCGAUCAUGAAUUCUUAAACCACUACUUGGCAUGCAUGCUGGUUGUUUCCUCACAUGAACCUGAACCUGUGGAACAGUUUUCAAAGUUAUCGCAAGAGCAACAUCGAAUUCAGCACAGCAAUGACUUUUCCUAUCCCAAAUGGUUUACCCCCAACACCCUAAAGUAUUAUGUGCUGCUGCAUGACGUCAGCUCUGAGGAUGAGAAGAGGGCUGAUUCAAUUUAUGAAGAGAUGAUACAGCGGUAUGGGACUCAGGGAUGCUACUUACUCAAAAUUAAUUCCAGAACAUCCAGCAAAGGAGCAGAUGAACAGAUCCCUGAUCCCUGGAGUCAGUACAUCCAGAAAAACAGCAUUCACAGUCAGGAUUCUUAUGAAGAUAGUACUAACGCUGCUCCACUAAAUACACAUUCAGACCAUGUUGUACCUGUGGAUGGGCUGGAAAACUAUGAGAAAGAGACUUUGUCGAACAGUUUGAAGGCACACCCACUUGACCAGCUUAGUGAUGCUGGUGGUAGUUUUGAUGAGCUUGAUAAUGGCCGGCCACCAGGUACUAUAACUGAGACAAAGAAGGCGAUGACUGGAACGCCCCAUGGCAGUUGUUUGACGCUUACAGACCAUGAUCGCGUUAGGCAAUUCAUCCAAGAAUUCACCUUCCGAGGACUCAUACCACAUAUAGAAAAGACAAUAAGACAGCUGAACGAUCAGUUGAUAUCCAGGAAGGGAUUGAGUCGAUCAUUGCUUUCUGCCACAAAGAAGUGGUUCACUGGUGGUAAAGUACCAGAGAAAAGUGUUAAUGAGCUGAAGAAUACCUCAGGCUUAUUGUAUCCACCAGAGGCUCCUGAGCUCCAGAUUAGGAAGAUGGCUGACCUGUGUUUUUUGGUUCAGCAUUAUGACUUGGCCUACAGUUGCUAUCACACUGCCAAAAAGGACUUCCUGAAUGACCAAGCGAUGCUUUACGCUGCUGGGGCCCUGGAAAUGGCAGCAGUAUCUGCUUUUCUGCAACCAGGUGCUCCCAGGCCGUAUCCAGCUCAUUACAUGGACACUGCAAUACAGACAUACAGGGACAUAUGCAAGAGUAUGGUUCUGGCAGAAAGGUGUGUCCUGUUGAGUGGUGAAAUAUUAAAAAGUCAGGGUAAAUAUUCUGAAUCUGCUGGUCUUCUCAUCCGUCUUACAAGUGAGGACUCCGAUCUCCGGAGCGCACUUCUUCUUGAGCAAGCUGCUCAUUGCUUCAUCAACAUGAAGAGUCCUAUGGUGAGGAAGUUUGCCUUCCACAUGAUUCUAGCAGGCCAUCGUUUUAGUAAAGCAGGCCAGAGAAAACAUGCCCUUAGAUGUUAUUGCCAGGCUAUGCAAGUGUACAAAGGAAAAGGCUGGUCAUUAGCUGAGGACCACAUUAACUUUACUAUUGGUCGUCAGUCUGUUACUUUGCGUCAACUGGAUAAUGCGGUGUCUGCUUUCAGACAUGUUUUAAUUAAUGACAGCAAACAGCCAGCGUCACAACAAGGAGCCUUUCUCCGGGAGUAUCUCUACGUUUAUAAGAAUGUGUGCCAGCAAUCUCCAGAUAGUCCCUUACCUCAGCUACCAUUACCGUAUAUCAAUAGUUCUGGGACGCGCGUCUUCUUUGGUCAUGAUAGACGGCCAGCUGAAGGUGAGAAGCAAGCAGCGACCCAUGUCAGUCUUGACCAAGAAUAUGACAUUGAGUCUUCUCAGCAGUGGAGAGAGCUAGAAGAGCAAGUGGUAGCAGUAGUUAAUAGAGGUGUCCUUCCCGCCGGCUUUCAGCCAACACAGUAUUGUUUAAACAGCAAUUCAGAUAACUCCAAAUUUCCUUUUGCUGUCGUACAAGAGCCAAUAACAGUGGAGGUGUCCUUUAAAAACCCACUGAAGGUUCCACUUUUGUUGACUGACGUAUCCCUCCUUUGGAAAUUUCAACCGAAAGAUUUAGUCAGAACCAAAAUGAAGAUAUAUAAGGAGCCGACCAGCAAUGAAAAGGAUUUUGCUCUCAAAGGUACAGAUAUUCUCAGUUUCAGCGAUGUCAUUGGCACAGAAGAGAUCAGCGAGUUUUUAAUCAACAAUGAGGAAACAAAAAUUGCAAGAUUAAAGCUACUUCCACAUCAAACAGGGGAAUUGCACAUUCUUGGUAUAGUCUAUAAUCUUAGCACAAUUCAGAGUGCUAACAGCCUGGACGGAGUCACUCCUCCAAAUAAUGUACCAACAGGGAAAUUCAUAUCUAAUGGAAUGUCAGUCAGAGGACGACAGGACUUGGAGAUACAAGGCCCUCGACUUAAUAGUACAAAAGAAGAAAAAACAUCUAUUCAGUAUGGACCUGACCGCCGGUUAGACCCAAUUAUCGCACCACAAAUGCCUUUAUUGGAGGUGUUCUUCAUAAAUUUCCCCACUGGACUGUUGUGUGGAGAAAUCAGAAAAGCUCACGUUGAAUUUGUGAAUGUAAGCAAAAGUCCACUAACAGGGCUCAAAGUCGUGUCCAAAAGACCGGAAUUCUUCACUUUUGGCAGCAAUACAGCAGCACUGACGCCACUAAGCCCUGCAGCGUCUAUGAACUGCAGUGCCUAUAAGACCGUUGUCACGGAUUCUACCUCUGGGUGCUCUGUGCUGACUUCAUCUGUUACUCCUGUAGACUUUGGGUUUGGUGGCGGAAACCAGCCGGAGGUUGUAGAUAUUCCACUUACAGACUCUGUUUUAGCUCCUGGUGCUUCAGUCCAGCUUCCACUUUGGCUGCGAGGACCUGAUGAAGAAGGAGUUCAUGAGAUAAACUUUUUAUUCUACUAUGAAAGCACAGAAAAGCAGUCACAAAUGCGCCACAGAGUGUUAAGACACACUGCAGUUAUAUGUACAAGCAAGUCUCUGAACGUCCGGGCUACUGUCUCCAGAAGUAAUGCACUAGAAGACGAGGAGAGCAAAGGAGGAAACAUGCUUGUAUUUGUGGAUAUAGAAAACACGAACACAAGUGAAGCAGGUGUUAAAGAAUUUCAUAUAGUACAAGUAUCCAGCAGUAGUAGGAACUGGGAGCUGCAGAAAGUGGUCAAUCCCACCGCCGAUAAAGAUACUAAACUUACCGGAAGAGAGAGGGCCAAAAUGUGCUUCAAAGUGGUUCGUUGUAAAGAGUCCUCCUUAGGUCCUGAACAGCCAUCGGACAAAUACACCUUUGGUGACAUUGUUUCCGGAGGAGAACAGAUAAUAAGCUCAACCACUCCUUGUGCAGAUUUCUUUUUCCGAAGUGGUUUAUCACAGUUUAAGAAAAAAGAGCCUCCUCACACAAAUUACUCCACAAAAUCAUUACCUGACGAGGCAGUUCGGUUGAUACAGAAGUGCAGUGAAAUAAACCUUAGUAUAAUUGUAUUGUGGAAGGCAUAUGUCAUAGAAGAUAACAAACAGCUUAUUUUAGAAGGCCAGCAUCACGUGACGCUGCAGACAAUCGGAGCAGAGGCACGGUCUUUUCCUCAAAAGCAGGAGCAGCCGGAAAUGGUUCUACUAAAAUUUAGUAGACCAGAGCAAACGACUGUAGCUGUGAGACCGUCUCCAGAACAACUGUCCAAUCUGAUAAAAACAAGCCUCCACUACCCAGAGUCCUUUAAUCACCCUUUCCAUCAGAAAAGCCUUUGUAUAGUUCCAGUUACACUUGUGCUUUCCAAUAGUUCUCAGGCAGAAGUUGAAGUAAUUAUCGAUCUAAGACAUAAAACAACAGGCCCUGAAGCUUUAGAAAUCCAUGGUUCUUUUACCUGGCUGGGGCAAACUCAGUACAAACUUCAGUUGAAGAGACAUGAAAUAUUUCGCCUGAAGCUGAAUGCUUGUUUUGUCCACACCGGAAUCUAUAAUCUUGGAACUCCAAGAGUGUUUGCCAAGCUGGCCGACCAAGUCACGGUAUUCGAAACCAAUCAACAGAGCUCCAUGCCAGCACUGAUAGUCAUUAAUAAUGCGACUGAUUAAUUC